AUGUGGUCAAAAUUCGUAGCAGCAGAGUUGGACGUGGUGGUGGCCCGACUGGAAGCGGACGAAUCGUACCAAACCCUCAAAGCCAAGGAAAGCGUGCUCGAUCUACAAGUGCGCAUGCUGCAGCAAAAGCUGCGCGUCGCUGAAGAGCCAGCAAAAGCGAGAUGCCAAAGCAAGGAAACAAAUGGCCAACCUGCGCGAAAGAUGUGCCAGGAGCUGGAGGCGCGGCGAGAGAAAGAAACCGACAAGUUCCGGGCACUGGAAACUAUGGCGAUUAUCAAAAAUGUGGACAACCACCCCCAGCCCAUUCCAAAGCCCCACAAGAAAUGGAUCUCCCACUCCAUCAUUGCACCAGCACACUGA